AUGUUUAAGCACGCAGCUGCCUCUCUCAGCCGGCCUUUGGCACGAGGCUUCUCGUCCUCGGCUGCUCGCGCUUCGUACGAGGACACGAUCAAGAACCUGCUCAUCAACAAGGACUCUCGCGUCAUCUGCCAGGGUUUCACCGGUAAGACCGGAACUUUCCACUGCCAACAAGCUCUCGAAUACGGCACCAAGCUUGUUGGUGGUGUUUCGCCCAAGAAGGCCGGUCAGACUCACCUUGGCCUGCCCGUUUUUGGCUCGGUCAAGGAGGCAGUUCGUGAAACCAAGCCGCACGCUUCGGUGCUGUACGUUCCGCCACCUGGUGCUGCUGACGCCAUCAUCGAGGCGAUCGAGAACGAAGUUCCCUUGAUCGUCGCUAUCACCGAAGGCAUUCCGCAGAAGGACGAAAUUCGCGUCGCUGCUGCGUUGCGAUCGCAGAGCAAGUCUCGAUUGGUAGGUCCCAACUGCCCAGGAAUCAUUAACCCCGAGGGUUGCAAGAUCGGCAUCAUGCCCGGUCACAUUCACACGCCUGGCCGAAUCGGCAUUGUCUCGCGUUCCGGAACCUUGACCUACGAGGCGGUCAACCAGACCACUCAGGUGGGUCUCGGACAAUCGCUCUGCGUCGGUAUCGGCGGUGACCCGUUCCCCGGCUCGACCACUUUGGAUCUGGUCAAACUGUUGCUUGACCACGACAAGUCGGAAGGUAUCGUUCUUAUCGGUGAGAUUGGUGGAAGUAUGGAGGAGGAUGCGGCUGAAUAUCUCGCCAAGUACAACAAGACGCGUGCCAACCCCAAGCCGGUGGUCGCCUUCAUCGCCGGUCGAACCGCGCCUCCUGGCAGGAGGAUGGGUCACGCCGGUGCCAUCAUCGCAGGUGGUAAGGGCGGUGCCGAUGACAAGGUCAAGGCUUUGACCGAGGCUGGUGCUAUCGUCGCCGAUUCCCCCGCCAAGAUCGGUGCGCUCAUGAAGCAGGCUAUGCAGAACGCCGGUUUGGCAUAA